CUUCUCCUUCCCCGCUGCCCUUCAACCCUUGGCCUUCUCUGCGACCUCACAUUUACCACGUCUCCGGUCCUCUUCCAUUUCGAAUCUCUGCCGCACCCGCAAACCAGCCUUGUGGUUCGAUGAGCUGUCGACGCGGUUGCGUUGCGAUGUCCCCAGGAAGCUCUCCUUCGUCCACGUCAAUUCACCAGUGAUCGAACCCUGAAACGGACUACAGUUACGCAGAAGAAAUAUUCUCCAGAUUUAGCGAGGGGGUUACGAGGUUGCGGCGAUGCAUAUCAUCAAGCCGGUUUGGUUAACGCAUGGAGGCGAGAGGAAGGAUUUCGAAGUAUACAGCUGCGAUGUUUCGCCCGAUGGAAGUCGACUUGUCACGGCCGCUGGAGAUGGAUACGUUCGAAUUUGGUCUACGGAGGCUAUCUGCAACACGGACGACCCCGAGGUCGCGAACAAGCCGAAACAGCUGGCGUCGAUGAGCAACCACUCCGGGACGAUACACACCGUUCGAUUUUCGCCAAACGGGAAAUACUUGGCGUCGGGUGCGGAUGACAAGAUUGUUUGUAUCUACGCUUUAGAUGCCAAUGCGCCUUCUCACGCUUCGACGUUCGGCUCGAACGAGGCACCGCCAGUAGAGAAUUGGCGCACAACCCGCAGAUUGAUAGGGCAUGACAACGACGUUCAGGAUUUGGGAUGGUCGUACGAUUCUUCGAUUCUGGUGUCUGUCGGGUUGGAUUCGAAGGUGGUGGUGUGGUCGGGACAUACCUUCGAGAAGCUCAAGACGUUGUCGGUGCACCAGAGUCAUGUCAAGGGCAUCACCUUCGACCCUGCGAAUAAAUACUUCGCCACUGCAAGCGACGACCGCAGCGUUCGCAUCUUCCGAUUUACCUCCCCGACGCCGAAUUCCACGGCCCAUGACCAGAUGAACAACUUUGUCCUCGAACACAGUAUCAUGGCACCCUUUACAAAUUCUCCUCUCACCGCUUACUUCCGUCGAUGUUCCUGGUCCCCGGAUGGUAUGCACAUUGCGGCCGCCAAUGCCGUGAACGGACCCGUCAGCUCCGUAGCCAUCAUCAACCGUGGGACGUGGGACGGUGAUAUCAACCUCAUCGGACAUGAAGCUCCGGUGGAAGUGUGUGCGUUCUCGCCGCGACUGUAUACCAGCCAACCGGUCAACAAGCAGACUGCCGACGGGCAUGCGCCUCCUUCCGUGACGGUCAUUGCCUGUGCGGGAGGAGAUAAGUCCCUGAGCAUCUGGAUCACGAGUAACCCUCGACCGAUCGUGGUCGCUCAAGAGCUCGCGGCUAAAUCCCUAUCCGAUCUGGCGUGGAGUCCGGACGGGAGAUGCCUCUACGCCACCGCUCUGGAUGGAACCAUCCUAGCAGUCCGGUUUGAAGAUGGGGAUCUUGGAUUUGCCAUGGAAAUGGAGGAAAACGAGAAGUCGCUCACCAAAUUCGGUACGAAUCGGAGAGGCGCUGGUAUUGCGGAGACUACGGAUGGAUUGCUACUGGAAGAAAAGAGCAAAGCUGGUGAGAUCAAGGGCGUCGAAGGGCGAAUGGGUGCUUUGAUGGGCGACGACCACACGGCCACCGAAAACACCGUCAACGGGGAGUCGACUCCGUUACCACCGAAUGGAGUCACUCCAGCUCGAGCUCCGUCGCCCACUGCGGAUACCCAGAAAAGCCAACCGAAUGGCACCUCGGCGACACCGGCUGCUCCCGAGGGCGCGAAGCCCGACCCAUACCAGGCCAAGUUGGAGCGGUUGAAGCAACGUCCCACGUACACCAAGGAUGGCAAGAAGCGCAUUGCGCCCCUUCUGGUGUCCGGUGCAGGGGCGGCCGAAUCGUCUCUGCCACAAGCCCGGCUCAUGGCGUCGGUCAGCAACCAAGUGAAGGCUGACACGCCCCAGUCCAUCGUUGACCUCUCCAAGCCCUUCGACGGCCUACCGAAGGGAGGUUUGGCGUCACUGCUUUUUGGUAACAAACGAAAACUCGCGCAGUUGGAGGGGGAUGACGACGGCCAUGUGGAAAAGCGGGUGGCUGUGGCAAGCGCAAACGGCGCAACCCCGAUUCUUGCCAACACGCCGGACGGCCUCCUUCCUGCGCAACCCCAGCCCGCCUCGGUGGGACAACAAACCACACCCGAUUUUAUCCGGCCUGCGGUGGUGAAUCCGUCCAUGGCUAUGAGCCAACUUCGAAUGGCGGUCCCCAAGGUCCGUACCCAGAUCCUGCGCGCAAUCGACCUCACCGGGAAACCCACCGAGCCACCGGGCACGGGGGCGGAAUCCAGCAAGUCCCGGGUGGACGUGGUGUUCGAAGCGCGAAAUCCGUCUUCUGCCAGCCUGACGGGUCGCGCCGUCGAUCGAGAACCGGUCCGACUGACCCUGUCGCGGGGAGAACAGCCUGUCUGGCAAGAUUUCCUCCCGCGCGCCGUUCUCCUCGUAACGGGCAACCAGCACAUGUGGGCUGCGGGCUGCGAGGACGGGUCGAUAUACAUCUGGACCCCCGCUGGCCGUCGUCUCGUCAGCGCUCUGGUGCUGGAGGCACAGCCGGUGAUCCUGGAGUGCAACGGGCCGUGGAUUCUCGCCAUUUCGGCCGUCGGAAUGUGCUACGUCUGGAACGCGCACCAUCUCUCCUCGCCCCACCCGCCCAUCUCCCUGCAGCCGGUGCUGGAUGCGGCAGUGCACACCUUGGGGGCGCACCCGUCGGCGGCUCCGGCGGUCACGAAUGCGCGAGUGAAUUCGGAGGGUCGCGUGGUGGUGGCCCUGUCCAACGGGGAAGGGUAUGCCUACUCGCCGGCCAUGUACACCUGGCAGCGCAUGUCCGAGGCGUGGUGGGCGGUGGGCAGCCAGUAUUGGAACACGACCGACGCGCCGGUCGGCAAUCUGCAGUCCACCGAUUCCCAGCAAGAUAAGGAGGCGAAGGCGACGGUGUCGGCGGGCAUCAUCCCGUUCCUGGAGCGCAACACGACCAACGAGACCCUGCUGCGCGGACGAGCGUACUUCCUCCAGCGGCUGAUCAAGGUGCUGCUUUCGCGCGAGGGCUACGAGAGCUUUGAAUCCAGCGUGUCCAUUGCGCACUUGGAGAACCGACUGGCGGCCGCGCUGUCUCUGGGCGCGAAGGAAGAGUUCCGACUCUACCUGUCGAUGUACGCCAAGCGCAUCGGGGCCGAGGGACUGAAGAUGAAGGUGGAGGAGCUGCUCAAGGGACUGAUCGGAGGACUGUUUGAAGAAGAGGAGACGGGAAGUGGCGAACGACUCCAGGCGAACGAGCAGGAGGACCGCAACUGGCGCGAGAGCUCGGAGACCCUCUGUGGCUGGCCACGAGAGGUACUGCUGAAGGAGGUGAUCCUGGCCCUGGGUAAACACCGAGACCUGCAACGGGUGACGGUGCCGUAUGCGAAGCUGCUGGGGGUGGUGGAUCAUGCGUCGGAGGCGGGCGAAGCGAUGGAGACGUAA